AUAAUAGAAAGAUUUUUUUAAAAAACAUUUAAACAAACUUAAAUUGAGGAAAAUGGAAGGUUUUAAAUAUGUCAUUCAAAAACAAGAACAACAAAAAAUAUGUUUUGGAUCAGGAUGUCCUCGUGACACUUCAAAAAAGAGUAUGAGUCCAUUUAUGAAGUAUUAUACAUUAGAAGAUCAUUCAAAUGUGGCACCAAAUUCAUAUAAUGUCUUAAAAUCGUUUAAAGCAAUUAAAACUAAGCCUUGUUCUCAUAGUAUUAGUAAAACAGGUUACAGUGGAAUUGCUAGAUUUAGUAAAAAAAUUGAAUUCAAUGAUAAUUAUCCAUCACCAUCAGAUUACAACACCUCUACAUUUCCGAAACAAGUACAUAAAACAAAGUACCCAUUUGACUGUAGCAGCAAAAGGAAAACAUUUGUGAGCAAUACAAUUCCAGGUCCAGGAAUGUAUGUUAGCACUGAAAAGGGAAGUAUUACAUUUGAACAUAGUUUUGGUGGAAGAGUGAAAAUGAAACUUGGAGUUGAUCUAAAAUGUUGCAGUCAAAAUUCAGACUUUUGCAAACUAUGUGGUAAAAAAAUAACUGGUGAUUACUGGCAUUUAAAAAAUGAAAUAUUUUUAUGUAGAUCAUGUAAAAACAAAGAAUAUGAAAAAGAAACAAAAUAUAAAAGAAAAGAAUUAAAACAAUUUCAUAAAAUACGAGAUUGUUCAAUUAUACAUCAACAUGAAACUACAACUGCAAAAAUAUGGUUGAUGCAUCCUACAAGUGCUGCACAAUGGAUACGUAGGGAAACUUAUCUUUCUGCUUAUUUUAAUGAAUAA